CAUGAGACCAAGACUUCAAAUGCACUAAGCAGGAUUGUGGCUGGGACCUGAGCCUCUGCACCGCCCCACCUAGCUGCCUUGGUCCGAGACCGAAUGACUUGAACCAUCGAAAGAUCAUCCAUCAACUCCAUCAACUCUUGGUCACCAGAAAUCUAGCGACCUUUUGGUCUUUCUGGCUCUUCACUCUACGAUACAUCAUUCCCGGAAGACAGCACAUUCAUUCACUAGUUUAGGGAGAGCAUCAGAGCUUGGAGACGACGCCAACGCAGACAAUACCUCGAACAACCAUCUAACGCACCUCCCACUAUGGACCAGGGUCUACCAAAAGAUGCGCCGCCACCCUACAGUCGGUACCCCGAUGAGGAGCCGGGCACGCCCACAACAUCACAACAUCAAUCAGCACCACAUGGAGCCCAAUCUGCUUCUCAACCUCAACCUCAGCAAGCUCAGCCACUAACAAACUUUCCCGCCUUACCCCCCACACCGCGCCAAUUCCCACCAGCAUGGAACCUUUACCGCGUCGGAGCUCUCCGGGGAACCAUGAUGCUAGGCGAAGACGCCAGCCGACCCCUGUACGCUGUGUCGCAACACUCCGGAUGGUCCGGCCAACCAGACAUGAUCCUCCAUAACGGACCUAGCGAAACACUUCCCCCGCUCGCGACUGGCGAACGUGACAUGCGCUGGGCGUCUGGCUCGCACACGCUCAUCCACCUACCAUCAUUCCCCGGCUCAAACCGAGCCGGCGGUACGGACGAGCGCCUCGAGACACUCCUGAGCUGGCCGCACAUUUCGUAUACCUUCACCGUCGAAGUCGGGUCCCCCGGCUCCUACCGACGCGAGAUCUUCGAGUGGCGGCACAGUUCGGGCGUGGCGGUGGCAAGUUUGGGGGGCGUACGCACGGGGUGGAAGCUGAUCCGGCUCGCGACGGACGCCCCGCCCGGGGUGGAGUCUGGGUGGCAGUUUGUGGCGGGUGGGGACACGUCAAGUGAUGGCAAGGAGAUCGUGGCCGUGUGGGCACAGGCCGCGAUGAGCAUGAGCAAGGUACUUAAGUUUCGCUUCAUAGGCAGCGGCGUUACGGGUGUCUUGGGCGAGAGGUGGGCGGUUAUGGCGGUUAUGACGGCGCUGAGGAUGCAUCAGCACGCCGAAAGGGAUCGGCGGUAGGAUUGCAGUUUCUCUGCACACAGGCAUGGCAGUUCAGGCAUGUUCGGCGAUCUAGGUAUGAUGCCUAACUUCGGCAUGCAUAGCUUCCGCACUAUGGGGGCGCGCAGUCGAAAUGUGUCCUAGACGUGUCUUGGUUUGGUGGGAUGGAUGAUACCCGAUAUGCAGAAUUACUAGAUCAAGUACUCGUAUAACAUGAUUUUUUGUUCCAUCCGCAU